AUGAACGCUGUCGUUCACAUGCGAGAGCUCCGAUCUGUCGCUACAAAGCUGCGUAAUUGCUCCAAGCGCACCGUUUGGACGACACAGCAGUAUAUUGAUCGCGAAGAAAAGUGUGGAGCGCACAAUUACCAUCCGCUUCCUGUUGUGCUUAACAAAGGACGUGGCUGUAAAGUCUGGGAUGUAGAAGGAAAAGAAUAUUACGAUUUCUUAAGUGCUUACUCAGCCGUGAAUCAGGGGCAUUGCCAUCCCAAACUCGUUAAGGCGCUCACGGAACAAGCGCAGAAGCUCACAUUGACUUCUCGUGCCUUUUUUAACGAUGUUUUGGGUGAAUAUCAAGAGUUUAUGACUAAUCUUCUUGGGUUUGAUCGUAUUCUACCCAUGAAUACUGGCGUGGAAGGCGGUGAGACGGCUGUUAAGCUUGCACGUCGCUGGGCCUACGACAUUAAAGGCGUCCCGGAGAAUCAGGCGAAGGUUUUGUUUGCCAAGAAUAAUUUCUGGGGUCGCACGCUGAGCGCCGUCUCGUCAUCUAAUGAUAAAGAGGCGUAUGGAGGUUACGGACCGUUUAUGCCUGGUUUCGCUAGUAUUCCGUUUAACGAUGCUGAUGCAUUAGAGGAGAUUUUGAAGAAAGAAGCCGAACAUAUUGCUGCGUUUAUGGUCGAACCGAUUCAGGGUGAAGCUGGUGUUGUUGUGCCAGACGAUGGAUAUCUCACCCGCGUGCGCGAGCUCUGUACCAAAUACAACGUCUUGUGGAUUGCUGACGAGGUACAGACUGGACUGGCACGUACUGGUAAAAUGCUGGCAGUAGAUUAUGAAAACGUGAAGCCCGAUAUUGUUAUUCUUGGCAAAGCUCUUUCUGGUGGCAUGUAUCCGGUUUCAGCUGUGCUAACUAGUGAUGAGAUUAUGCUCACGAUAAAACCAGGUCAGCAUGGCUCGACAUAUGGUGGCAACCCGCUCGGCUGUAAGGUGGCGAUGGCAGCUAUGAAGGUUAUUCAAGAGGAAAAGUUAGCCGAAAAUGCUUUUAAACUUGGCAACAAGUUUCGCAGCGAAAUGCAAUCCUUUAAGUCGAGCAUGAUUCAAGGUGUGCGUGGUCGCGGUUUGCUGAAUGCUAUUAUUAUAAAUGAGCGUCCAGGCCAACCGGAUGCGCUGCAACUUUGCAUGAAUUUGGUUAAAAAGGGACUUCUUGCAAAACCUACGCAUGGGAACAUCAUUCGUCUAGCACCUCCACUUGUCAUGAAUGAAAAGCAGCUUGACGAGUGCACAUCGAUCAUUAAGGAAGUUCUAUUGGAAGCUGAGCAGUAA